AUGCGUCAAUUGGAUACUGAAGAAAAAGCUGUACUUCUUCUUUCAUCAGCUGAUGAUGAUGAUAAUCCAACAACUCAAACUUCAUUAAAAGUACAACAUGACAAUUUUCCAGUCGUUGCCAAACGUCCAAAAACUUAUCAACGUCGGCGUACCACUAAUACUCAUCCGAUGUAUUUCUUUAUUUUUAUAUUAGGUUCAUUUAUAUUCGGAUGUCUCAGUGGUGUUGCUAUUAUGGUUUAUCGAAUGUCUCAAGAUGCUGAACAAUCUUCAUCAUUUAUUAAUUCACCUCAUUUAACAAAAGUUGAUUUAAGUAUAAAAACAAAACUUGUACAAUCAAUUACAAAAACAAAUUUUGUUAAUCUUACUCGUUCAAUUGAAUCUGAAAAUGAUGCUGCAAAUAGAGUCGAACAAAAUUGGCAAUUAUCAUCGAAAUUAUUUACACGUGUAAAUAAAUUUUCAUAUGAUGUAACUCUUUCAAAAUAUGUUUCAUCAACACAAUGGAGUGGUAUUAAAUUAAUAAAUAGAAAAACUGAUGAAGAAAUUAUGAAAUUCAAUCUUUUAACAACAGAUGAUUAUUUAACAUUCUCAUCAUUAAUUAAAUCAGGAAGAAUAGAUGCAAAUUAUAUUUAUUAUGUUAAUUAUGGUCGACAUGAAGAUUUUGCUUAUUUACUAAAAACUAAUCAAAUACAAUUAAAAAAUAAUGAUAAAACAAUUAUUUUUAUGAGAAGAAAAUCAACAAUUAUCUCUCAAACAGAACAAAUUCGUCAAGCAUUAGCUUAUGGAUUUGCAGGACUUGUUUUAUUUGAUUAUGAUGAAAUAAAUUCUCAAAUAACAACAACAAAUGAUCGACAAUCAUUUUCUGAAAAAUGGAACAAUGAUUUCUCAGAAAAAGAUCGACAACAACUUCUUGAUGGUACUUCAAAUGAAGAUGAUCGUCAAAUAUCUGUUUUAAUUCUUUCAUUUUCUGAUGUUGAAAAAAUAUUUACUUCAGAAACAAAUGUAUGGUCAUCAUGCCCAUCAGAAUGGCAUAAUACGACUACAUCACUUAAAUUAGGUGGUUUACUUCAAAGCAGUAAACUUCGUUUCAUAACUUUUAUGGAAGAAGUACCAGUACAUUUACCAGUUGUACUUGGUUAUAUUCGUGGUACAUUGGAUCCUGAUCAUUUUGUUAUGAUUGGUUAUCAAUUAGGAAGAAAACAACAAGAAAAAGUUGUUCAGGAAAUUAUUCAAGCUUAUGAAAAUCAAUUUAAAAAUGGUUGGAAACCAAGACGUUCACUUAUAUUUUGCGCUUGGUCAGGUUUAUCCUAUGAUCAACACACUAUCCGUCAAUGGAUUUCAGCUAAUUAUCGUCUUAUUGAUCGAAAUUUAAUUGCAUAUAUUGAUCUUGGAAAUGGUAUUAUUGGAAAUUCUACAAUUAAUCUACAUGGUUCACCAUUAUUUCAACAAGUAGCUCAACGUGCUGCUGAUACUAUUGUUAGUCCACUUGUUCAUGAUCAUACAUGUCAUAAUCGUCAAUCACAAAUGCCAAUGUCGAAUGCACAUAUUCAUCAUCGACGACGACGACGACGACAUGGUGAUGAACAUGGACAACAUAUGCAAAGCAAUGAGCAUACUGAAGAAACUGAAUGUGAACCACAUAAAUUAUUAGAUGAAUGGAUGAGAGCUAGUAAAAAUCGAAUUGGAUUAAAUAAAAGUUUAAGUAUUGUUCAAAUGAUUGAUACGGAUUCAUCAGCAUCAUUAUUUCAAUUACAACGUGGAAUUCCAUCAAUACUUAUUGAAAUGACUGAUGAACAGGCAUUAACAAAUAAUACUUUCUAUUUACAAAAAUCGCCUGCUGUUUUCAAUAAUGAAAUUCAACCAGAGGUUGUUGCUGCAUAUACACAAUUUAUAUCAGAAAUAGUUCGACAAUUAAUCGAUGAACCAUUAAUUCCAUUUAAUUUAACUGAUUAUGCAAAUUUGAUUGAAAAACAAACAAAUGAUUAUAUUAUACAUUAUGAAAAAGAAUAUCAGUUAUUAAAUGCUUAUCUUGGUGAUUCAAAUGAAAUGACAAAAUUGAUCUCUGAUUUAAUAAAAUCUAUUCGACAACUUCAAACACGUAUUGAUCAAGCAUCGAAGAAUAAUUAUGUUGAUAUUCAAUUAUUAAAUGAAAAACUUAUUCAAUUUGAACGUUUAUUUAUAAAUGAUAAUUCUUUGCGUCAAAUAAAUCCAAUGGAUAAAACAUACAAACAUAUUCUUUUUGGACCUGCUUUUGGUCUUACAAAUACAAUUGUGCCAUAUCCAUCGUUAUCAAAUAUUCUAUUUGGUAUUAGUAAUUAUCCAAAAACAGAAUUAAACGAUGUAUCAAAAUUAUAUUGGUCAAAAUUUAGACAACAUAUUCAGUUAAUUACACGCACAUUAAACGGAUUUGAUGGUCUACUUUCGAAUCCUUGA